AUGCCGGCUCCCGCAGAAGUCCAGACAGCCACCCUGCAGCGAUUCCUCGACGCCUGGAAGCGAUGGGAUGCGCAAGCCUGGCUGGCCGAGUUUUCCGACGACUUUACGCAAGUCACGCUGCCGUUGAAUCUCGGCGUCCCCAGCCGGCCUCGGGCCCAGGUUGAGCAAGUCCUUCCCGCGCUUAUGGCGACGGUAAAGUCGUACGAGCUCACUAUCCGCCACGUGGUGCAUGAUGCUGCCAGCAACAAGGCGGCAAUCUACACCUCCUCCACAGGGACACUUCCUUGGGGCCCAUGGCAAAUGGACUACGCGGCUUUUGUGACCUUCACUGAGACAGGGGACAAAAUAGCGGCGGUGGAGGAAAUGCUGGAUACGGCGACGCUGCGGGAGUUCGGGCCUAAGUUUCAGCAAUAUCUGGAGGCAAACGGGGGCCCCGCGGCUGUCGCAGCAGGAGCUGGUCAAUAG